GAAAAUGGCAGCUGUUCAUAAAGCUUUAUUUACUUGGUUCAUAAUAUUGGUAUUUUUUAUUAUUUUCGUUCUGAGAGCUGAUGGAAAGGUGGAAUGUAACUGGUUUCUUAUAUUCAUUCCAAUGUGGCUUUUUGAUGGAGCUGUUAUUACGUACAUUAUUGGUAAAAUAACUAUUAAUUGCCUAGUUGGUUACAUUUUUGUUGUUUGUUUUUCGUUCUUUUGUUUUGUGCGUUACACAUGCGACAAUGACCAAUGCUGAGGUGAGUACGCAGGUAGCUUGUGAGUUCUUAUUGUGCCUUGGAAAUUUUAGGAAAUGCGCAGCCCAUCUGGGGUAUUAAUUAAUUAAUAUUUCAAUUAAUUAAUAUAAUGAAGGUCAUAGUCAUAGGCCAAAUUUAACUUAUUUUCUUAUUUUAACUUGGACUUGGCCUGCUUAGUCUAGUCACUAGCCUUUGUUGAGAAAGCCUUUGCCCUUGCCUUUACAGUGAGGCUUGCCUAAGUUGUCCUAACCUUGGUCUUAGUUAUCUAUUUUGGCUCAGUACAAGUUUGGUUUUAGUUAUAUCAUUAAUUGGCUAAAACAGGCAAUUCAUGCCUUGUUGUCAUUAUAGAUAUUAUAUAUAGGUUAUGUGUUUACAUUAAGUUUCUGAGUUGAAUUUAUCCCCCUUUGUGUUGUGGUCACUAGAAGGGGAUGUUUUAAAUUAAAAUCUAAUUGGUUGGUUAAAUAUAAUAUUUAAAUUUUUCGGCAUUUUGGAAAAUGAGUAUAUAUUAUUGAUUUUCUGACAAAAUCCAAUGGUGGAACUUGAAAUAAAGUGUGUAAAAAUGUGUUCUAUGAAACUGUAAGUUGGUUUUUCAUUAUUUUAAAAUUAUUUUAUAUUGUUUUUCUUUAUUUUUACAUUUUUCUUGACCAGUGUGUAACUAUAGCAUCAUACAUGUUUUAGUUGAGGGAAACAAGCAUGUACCGCAUUACGUGAGGAAAGGGAGUGACUGCAGGUCAUUGACGCUUUUUGCUAAAUAUCCAGAUCAGUGUUUCCCAAGCUUUUUGGUGCUAUGCCCCAUCUUUCUAAAAUUAGUAUGCCCCCUUUGUAGUAUAUAUACAACUUAAUGUAGUUUUCAACACUUCGAACGCUUAUUCUAAAAUGAGAGUCUAAUGAGUCUCUUUUUAACCCUAUCUACCUCAACUGGGUGUAAAAUACAUCCGGAGACAGACUGUGAUUGCUGAUAUCUUGAGUUUUCUUUUAACUCUUUUCCUCCGUAUCAACCUUCCCAUCGUCGAUUUGAAAUGAAGAUUUUGGCGUAUCAACGAUGGGAUCGUGGAUGUAUAAAAACCUGUUUAUUUUGGUUCUUUUCUUAGCUAUUGGUAUUUAGUUAUUUUAAAUCAAUUCUAGAAUGAUUUCCCUUUCAUAAACAUCCGGUUUUACUGUGUUUGAACGAAGAACGAAUUGUUUGACGCGGUUUUUUGAUUGUCCAUUUUAUUUUUGUUUACAAACAUGAAAUCUUGACCUGACCCAUCUGGUGAUCGAUCUAAUAAAAUAAAGGUGGAAAAUGUUGCUCUGAUGAUGAUUCAGACAGUGAUUUUAUGAUUUCAAAUGCAGCGGCUGAUUCUGUUGAAUCGUAUGAUUAUAAUCCUAGUACUAGUAUUUGACAGGGUUCGGCAUGUUGCUUUAUGGGCCACCAUGAGGCACUACAACAUCAACACAAACCUAACCAGCAUGAUAUGCAACCUCUAUGAUAAGACCACCAGUGCAGUCUUCCUCAACAACAACAUCGGAGAAUGGUUCAAGACCACAGUUGGAGUACGACAAGGCUGCCUGCUCUCCCCCACCCUGUUCAACAUCUUCCUAGAGAGAAUUAUGUCAGAUGCUCUGGAAGCGCAUGAAGGGACAGUCAGCAUUGGUGGCAGAACAAUCACCAACCUACGCUUUGCGGACGACAUAGACGUGCUGGCUGGGAACGAAGAAGAGCUAGCCGACCUGGUAAAGCGUCUCGAUAAGACCUCGUCGUCCUACGGCAUGCUAAUCAGUGCCGAAAAGACAAAACUGAUGACAAAUAAUACCGCAGGCAUCACCACUGAAAUUAAGGUCGGGGAGGAAAGAUUAGAGACUGUCGGCCGCUUCAAAUACCUAGGAGCAAUAGUCUCAGAAGAAGGCUCCAAGCCCGAACUAAUGUCCAGGAUUGCACAGACUACAACAGCACUAAAAAAGCUCAAGAAAAUAUGGAAUGACAAAAAUAUAGCCCCCAGCACCAAAAUCAGGCUGAUGAACUCACUAGUCCUCUCCAUUUUCCUGUAUGCCUGUGAAUCCUGGACAUUAACAGCCGAUCUUAAAAAAAUAAAGGCGAUGGAGAUGAGAUGCUUUAGAAGCAUUUUUGGCAUCUGCAAUAGGGACCAUAUCUCCAAUGAUACAGUGAAAGAAAGGAUUCGUCAGGCAAUUGGGGAGUACGAUGACCUACUGGUGACUGUGAAAAAAUGCAAAUUACAAUGGUACGGCCACGUAACAAGGAAACAAGGGCUUUCCAAAGAAAUAUUGCAGGGCACCACAAGAGGAGAUAGAAGAAGAGGAAGACAAAGAAAAAGGUGGGAGGAUAACAUCAAAGAGUGGACAGGACUAACACUGGGCGAUGCAGUGUGUAGUGCUGAAGACAGAGAGAAAUGGAGGAGGAUGGUUCACAUGUCAUCUGUGGCGCCCCAAUGGUCCAAGGACUAAGGGACAUGAGGAUGUACUAGUGACAAAAUAAUGAAAUUGGUAAUUCAUCAGCUGAUGAACAACCAGCCCCACCCCCAGCUAAAGGGCACAUCUAUAUGGAUUGUUUUUUAGGCUUACUAUAGCUAAACCCAGAUGGAAAUAUGUGACUAAUGUAUGGUAAAUUUUCCAUUUACUAUUAUAAAUGUUAGUACAUACAAGGAUACAGUGCAAUUAUUUUCUAAAUAGCAACAGAUUGUUUCCAGUGGAAUUAGUUAAAUUUUUUUGCUAAUUUUUUGUGUGGCGGUGACAAUGGAUAAUGUGCUCUGAGGUUCAAUUUUUUCUUUUUUGAAAGUUGAUCUUUAUUUUUUGUGAUGCACAUAUGGAUAUAGUUCAGAAAAAAAACAUUUUUGUUACACUUUGGAUUAUAAUAUAUAUUUCUCUUCAUGUGACUUUGAAUGAGCGUUUUGUGAACAUUUGUUGAGUUUUUUUAAAUAAAUUUUUAUUUUCCUUAAAUCACAAUCACAUUUAUUUAUUAAAAUUUAAACCCAAAUCUUGUUUGCUUGCAAAGAGCAUGCAUUUCCCUUUAAUUCCAUACCAAAAUGAAUAUUUUCUGAUUAAAAACAAAAAAGUUAUGAAGGUUUAGAGAAAACAUAGUAGUGCGUAACAAAAACCCAAAAUAGAUAAUUCCGUCAGAACGUGGAAAAUAAUUCCGGAGGGAAAGAGUUAAUAAUCUUUCUCAUACUCGAUUUAAUCCACAAGGUAGUUGAAAUGAACACCUUGGUGGAUGCAAUUGUUAAAGCAUGCAAAAGUAACUUGUUUUUGGGGUCUAAACUUUUUUUUUCUACAGUCCUUAGCAACGGGGUGUAACACACCUGUGCAUAAUUUAAUAGAAUAAAACAGUGUCUAAACUGGCUUGUGAACAUUUUUGCUUGAUUGUUGUUUGUUGAUUAUUUGAGUAUGUGUCAUCCAUAAAAUAGGCUUUACAUUUUGACAAAACUAAAUAUUCUGAAUGCAUUUAGGCACCACCAAUAAUAACAUGUAUAAUAACUUGAAAGACCAUUUCAAAACAGAACAGUCACAUGUACACAUGGAAAAUGGGGCUUUACAGCUCAGCUUGAACAGUUUUUACAUAAAAGAAUAAAAUGUUCUUUACAAAUAUGUCUGAUAAACUUGUAAAUUUGUUAAGUUUUCAAACACUGGUGAAGUUCUGCCUCACAAUAUCUUGAUGCGUCGGGACGGAUCGUCUCUACUUGCAGAAGGAUGAGGAAAUGUGCAACGUCAGUAUUGACUGUCUGUUGUCUUCAUGAGACAGUGAGUUAGUCUGAUAUUUAUAUUUAAAUGCUACUCUUUAUGCCAUUGAUGCCAAGUCAACAAUGCUGAAAAACACAACCAAAUGCCAUCUUUUACUUUUAGUUUUUUGUAUUCACAGAGAACACCUUCACCAUUUGGUCCAUGGCGAAUAUGCCUCCUUUGAUUUUGUUGUUACAGAGCACAAUCUCUGGUUUCUUGCAUUCAGUUUCACUUUCUAUAUCUGGACGAUUGUGUAUUGUGUUCAAGAGCAAUACAUUUUUCUGCUUCAAUCUCUGGUAUUUGACAAGGUUGUUUCUAGUCUGAACAAAAACACUGAUUUGUUGAGGGGCUUCUUUUGCUCGAACCCCUUGGGUAGAACGACUUGUUCCGUUUCACUGUUCCAACUAGGGUGAGUCUGUAUUUGUUAAGCAAGUUGUAGGGGAAUGUAAUAAUGGUCUGUUCUGAAAUUUUGGCCACUUCCAUGCAAGUCCCUUGUGAGAGAUUUCACAGUCUCUUGGGAUAUUCCAACAUUUUUCUUUGCAGGCUGAGCACUUGCAUUUUUUUAGCCAAGGUAUGGGCAUCCUCUCAGAGGACAGUUCGAAGUCGAUUCACAGUCACAGGCCCAGAAGAUUUGUAUUCCAUAUUUGUCGGGCUUGCUUGGCAUAUAUUGAAUAAAUCUGCACCGACCCCUGAAACCAACCAGUUGCUCAGCUACUGUGAUGUUCUCUUUGGAACAUAAUACCUCUCCGAAUUUCUCAGGAAUGCUUCUCAUACAUCUCUUAUUAUUGGAUCAAAGAUGUCACGAGCUAGAAAGGCUUGAUUUAGUAUCAUUGUUGUGAAAACAAGUAUGAAUCAGAAGUUUGCUGAAUCUUGUCAUUGAAUAUGUGCCCUAACAAUAGAAUUUCCAUCAACUGGAAAAAUGCUGCUGAGAUGAAGAUUGGCAUUGUGUAGUAGGAGUAGUAUGCAGCCAAUAAAAGUUUUCAUCAGCCUUUGUCAUUUGCCUCCUCUUACUUUCCCACCUUCUCUGUUGGUGCAGGCAGCUAUUGUUCGAUCAUUUUUUUCAUUAGUGUACAGAAGAAAUGCUUUAGUGGGAGAAACUACAUGAUCCGUGAAGGGAGUUUGGUUUCAAGGCAACUAAAUCAAGCAACAUCGUAAAAAAGAAAAUAACAAAGAGAACCAGAGGCGUAACUAGAGUGUUUGGUGCUCAGAGACAAGAUUCAUUUUAAAAAGCCUCCCUUUCUUUUUUUUCAUCUCUCUGACCCAUUAUUUUAAUCAAGAAAUUAAUAUCAAAGCCCAGGGACAUCUGUCCCCAUCUGCCCUCCCUUAGCUACAGCUCUGAAGAGAACCAUUUACUGUGAAAUAAGGAAUAGCCAGAAACACUUUUUUCUCAUUAAAAUAAUUGUACGCGUGAGCUACAACCAGUUUGCUAGGGACAGGGUUUACAAUAUGUUGAGGUGGAUAGGUUAAAAUAUUGAGGUUCUAAAGAUUCUCCGUUUAAAAUUCUAGUUAAAUCAUAGUAGACGAUGGGUUUUCAAAUUCGUGUCGACUUUUUUUUUUUUUUUUUUACAAUUUGCUCCCCUUAACAAUCAAAUGGCCCCAUGUUGGGAAAUCAAUAUGUUGAGGUGGAUAGGUUAAAAUAUUGAGGUUCUAAAGAUUCUCCGUUUAAAAUUCUAGUUAAAUCAUAGUAGACGAUGGGUUUUCAAAUUCGUGUCGACUUUUUUUUUUUUUUUUUACAAAUUGCUCCCCUUAACAAUCAAAUGGCCCCAUGUUGGGAAACACUGAUCAAGAUGGAUACAAUAUAGUAGCUUAGCUCACCCCGAAAUUUAUGUACUAGCUGAAAUUAUACAAAGAAAGUGGGCAAUCGCAGGUCAUUAACGCUUAACAAAUAUUUAUCCCGAAAUGUAUGUUCUGUCUGAAAUUACACAAAGAAAAGGGGGAACCGCAGGUCAUUUUGUCUUGUCAAAUAAUUAGAUGCAUACAAUAAAGUACCUUUGCUUGCCCCGAAAUUUAUGUUCCGGGUGAAAUUAUUUCAUUAAAUCUUAAUCUUUUGUUCCCAUUUUCAUUUCUCUCAGUAAAUAGCUAAAUCAGCAUAUUAUCCCCCUUUCAUCUCCCCAUUUUGCAAAUGCGUUUUUUUUUACUUUGUGCAAAUUUGUGUAACACCAUUUGAAUAAUGCUGGUCAACUGGAAAUGGCUAAAAAUUAAAAUAGUUUUCGGAAUAUGCUUACAUUUUGUUAAUACUUUGGUAUACCGACAAUUUUUAAGUCAUCCCUGAAAGGGAGAUGUCAAAUAAAUAAUUAGAUUUCCUAAAUUACAAUCACUGGCUAAAUAUCUUUACUUAACUAUGCUAAAAUACAAGAUUAAUUAAUAUCUCUUUUAAAAAAAAAACUCUUACUCUAAUCCCUGUGACAUAGAUAAAAUAGGUGCUGGAAAACACUGUAUAUGCUCUAUUUAUACUAUUUAUACACCAUACAUUAUGGUCAUAAGUCUAAAGCUGAGCAAGAGUUCUGUAAGUCUUACACUUAGUCACUUACACUACUUACAGUACAAUUUUGAACGGACCACUAUCAUUCAAAAAUUGUGGUUUUAAGUUGAUGAGGAACAUUUCAAAUAAAAAAUCCAUUAAUUAAUAGUGGGUUGGAAAGAAAAACAUAUUUGAUUUGCAUUUAGGUCAAUAGGUAUUUAGGUUUCUGACUUACUAUUUCUGUAUAUUCUCUUUUACAUUUUGUGAACACCUGUUUUGUUUGUUUCUGUGUCAGUUUACUUAGCACAUUGUUGUGAUAUUUUUGUAACCAUACCGAUGUUAAUGUUAAUGCUCAUUUCAUUUUUAUUUUACAGUUAACAUCAUCAUGCACUUCCGAUCAGCAUACAAUCCCAAUGUGGACAGAAAUGACAUGACAAAACGUAGAAAAUAUGCACUUGUUAUCUGCACUUUGCUGAAAUUGGUUUUUCAGUUUUUACUCUGCCUACGACUUGAAAAUUUUAACAUCAGUCUUUAUUUUGUGCUUAUUCCUUUAUGGACGCUGUUCAUCGCUGGACUAGUUGAUAAUUUUUGUGUGUUGAUAGCUCGUCAUCCAUACAGGUGACAUAGGCCAAGAAGCUACUGCAUUGUUCGUACUCAAGCCAACAAUUGAAAAAUGCAGUAGACCUAUACGAUAUACAGUUAUUUAUUUAUAAAUUCAGUCACACAUUAAAAAAGAUUGUUUUAAGUCCACUGCCCUGCACCAAGGAACAAGUUGAAAAUGAUGCUAAUCAGAGACAAAAAGGGAUAUUAUUUUUGAAAAGAAGAAGAGAAGUUGAUGUCUUUGAGUUUAAUGUGUUCUCUAAUUCACAAGGAUAAUAGCGAAAAUACAAAACAGUUAUGUUCUUUCAUUCUAUUGAUUUUCUGAUUCUAUGAAAGGAGUAGGGCGUCUAAUUAUUGAAAUGCCAUAAUCAUAUUUUCACAUUAUAUGACACUAAGUUAGCGUAAGGGGCCAUACAUAUAUUACGAAUGCCCUGAAAAGGGUUGAUGAUUUGGAGAUUUUGCAUAUGGCUGCAUAUGAAUUGGAGAGGGUCUAGGAGUCUAAGCAGAAAGUACAUAGAUUUAUGCACAAAAUUUCCAAUGAUUAUGCUGAAAUUUUGACUGUCUCUAAUAUCUCUAAUAAAGCCGGCUGUCAAUCUAUAAAAUCAAUGAUGGCUAAUUAUUUUCAAAUAGCCUACGACUUGAAAAUUUUAACAUCAGUCUUUAUUUUGUGCUUAUUCCUUUAUGGACGCUG